AUGGCAUCGAAUAUGAAUCAAGAUCUUGAGCAACACAGACGAAUAAUAUUCAUUCAAGAUUUGAAUCCCAAUACCGAUGUCCAAACGUUGAAGAGAUAUCUGUCGACAUAUUCAAACCGUAUCGAACGAUGUACUGUUCCUCGCGAUGAAAAAGGACGAAGCAAAUUACAUAGCAUCGUUACAUUUUUCGAUAAAGAAUGUGUUGAUAAUGUUAUGAAGGAUCGCGUUCAUGUCAUUGAUAACAAGCAGGUUUUUAUUCAUCGAUCCGUUCCAAUGCAAGCGUCGGCAAAAGUUAAUCAACGAAUUCGACAAUUGAUCGUUUCUACUUUAGACAAUAAAACAUUAUUUGAAAAGGAUAUUCGUGAUCAUUUUCGUACAUACGGUAAAAUAGAGAAUAUCAAUAAAUUACACCAGAAUGGAACUGUUUGGAGUAUACACUUUGACUAUUAUGAUGCUGUGCAUAAAGCUAUAUUGGCUUCACCUCAUCGUGUCCGACAAGUCGAUGUCGAUGUUAAGCAAAGUGAACGAAAUAUGACGGCGAGACAAUUUCCAGCAGACACACAAGAGAAUGAAGUAAAUGACGCCUUUGAAGCGAAGCCAAAACAUCGUCCUCCAGGGUCGAAUGUAACUAUUAACGAGGAAGUCUCUUCUUUCACUCUACCUGAUCUAUUAUAUUGCAUUCAUAUUACAAAUUUACCACGUGGGAUUGAUGCUGAAACAUUAUCGGAAAGAUUCGAUUGGGAUGUUUACGACAUUCUGAUGAAUCCGUGCGACAACGAUUUAAGUGUUAAAACCGAAUGUUGGUUAAAGAAUGCGAAUGGUGAGGAAGAAAUCGAUAACUUCAUACGACGUUGGAAUAGAGAAAUUAUUGAUGGUUUAAAAAUUCAAUGCGAAAAAAAAGAAGAUCAAUUCGAGCUCUGCACUAAAUUUCAAAUUGGCCAGUGUGGAUACGGCGCUAAUUGUUAUUGGGAUCACAUACCUUGCACAGCAAAUGGCACUUGUGCAUCAGCAUGUCCUUAUGGUCAUGAACAAGGCAUGAAGACUGUACCAAAUCCUUCUGACGGUGAAAAACCAACAUCCGUUAUUUAUCGAAUCAAACUGAGCGGUUUCCGAGCACCAGUAAACCCUGAAUAUCUCUAUCGAUGGUUUGGUGCAAACAAUAAAUAUUAUAUUGAUAGCAAACAUAAUUGCAAUGCUUACAUAGUGAACAUUAAGUCAAUAAAAUAUGCUAAACAAUUAAUGAGGGAAUGGAACAAUCAGAACAUCGAUGGACAAACAAUCAAAUGUCAACUGGAGCUCAGUCCAAUAUUAUCUAAUCGUUCCCAAUCAGAAUCACAGCCGAUGAAUAGAGACAGAGCACGUAGUCGUCCACGAGAUGCGACCAGUCUACGAAGUGAUUCUGAUUAUUUUACAAGAGACAUCACAUCAAAACCAUUGAAUGACAACGAAAUUAAAGAGUUGGAUAGAGACACCCGUCUCUUUGCUAAGCCUAUUCGUAAUGCUAUUCAUGCUCGAUUUCAAACCAAUAAACGUUCACUGCCAAGCGAUGCACCAUCAUAUGAAUGGGAAGUAACCGGUAAAGCAACGAAUAGUGAUGAUAAAGUGCUACUCAUUCGUCACGUCAAAAAUCCAAACCGUUUGGGAGUGAUUAAAAUCUAUCCAUCUCAAUUUUCCAAUUCUGCUGACGUUCAUCGAGAGUUAAUUAUCAUGAAACGUCUCAAAGAUGUCCAAGGUGUGAGUCAUCUGAUUNGUACAAAUUCUGUUGAAUCUUCUUUUAUUUUCGGAGAUAAGUGUUGA